AAAUAUUAUUGUUGAUACAGGAUGUCAGAACAGAAACAAGAACUCUUCAAAAAGUUAUAUAAAAAUGUGACUCCUUAUAGAUAUAAAUGUCAUUGUGUUGAUUCACAUGACUGGAAUGAAGACACAGAAAAAGGUGAAGUAAAUCAACAUGAUUGGAUGACUGCACCAGAAACCACGGUAACUGACUCACCAUCUACAAAAUCAGGUGCCACACCCACUUAUGAUGUGGAUGACGAGGAAGGAGUCUUCAGCGGCUUAAGAACAGUUGAGGCAUCAGUAAAGUCAGACGAGCCCCUGAUCGGAGAUAGUGUGUCAAGCAAAUCUUCUGGAACAGCAGGUAACCAAAGAAUACCUGAAGAAUACAAAAAGAAAUGUGAUCCUUCCAUUUCGUUUGGUGAUAUCCGUGCUGCUCUUACGUAUUUUAGUUCUUCGAGUGACCCAAUUUUGCCAGGUGAUGAAAAAUUAUUGAAGUUUGGUUACAAGUUUAUAAAAAAUGUUACAGAACGUGGAGGGGAACAGAUUUGGAGCAAUGCCAAACUAGCAAUGUAUGGAAAAAACGUGACAGUGAUAUUGAAAUCUGGAGAUGAAACAAAUAAAUUUGAAAUUGCCCUGGAUGAGAAAGACAACCCAAUUGAUCACUGCCCUGAACGAGGUCUUCGCUUGCAGUUUUGGGAUGGUCUACCUAUGUCUUCCUGA